UGCCAAUUGGCUCUCUGCACGCAUCUUCAUUCGUUGGAUUUUUCGGUGCGCUCGCACGUUUGGCAUGCAAACAAAAUUCAGUAUUAAAUUGAAAAUCUCGUUGUUAUGUUGUGUCCGCACGGUUGGAAUUUUUCGAAUAUCCCCUCUCAAACGGCACCGCCAUACUCCGCGCGGUUGCAACUAACCGAAUAGAGACAGCCAGCUAGCUAGUAGUCAGUUAGCCACCCACCUAAGGCGCGGGAGUUGCGUUGAGUGUGUGUGCACACAGUGCGGCUGCAACAGCUUGCAGGAGAACAAACGAAAAACGGUACUUAUCCUUCCAUUUUGUUGCAUGAAUGAUGUGUAAAAAAUUGCGAAAAAUUCAUUAUUAAACGAAAUGCGAAAAUCGCUGUAUGGAAAUGAAGUGGAAAAUUAGUGUUGAGUGUGCAAGUGAUGAACUGCUAAAGAGCAGCGCGAUGACUGAACUGGCAAUUUAGUAGACACUAGUGAGUAGUGUAGUGAGACAAAGCGUGCGGUGUAGUUGGAAAAAAGUAAAACGCUCCCAGCAAAUAGACGUGUAAACGGGUUUAAAAAUACUAAACAUUUAAAUUUUGUGAAUGUGUGUGUAAUUCUUAAAAGUUGCAAAAAUGUAGAAAUUAGAAUUAGAAAAAGUUAAAAAAAAAAAAAGUGUUGCUGCUGUUCCAUCAGUUAAUUCCUAAAACUAAAAUGCAAAUCUCUCAUUUGGUGUUCAACAAAAUUGUCGGUUACGCUGCCGUCGCACAGCAAAAGUGUCAAAUUGGUUUACGGCAACUUCCAUCUUUAGUUUGAAUUCUCACAGACCAACAAAUGUCAGUUGGAUAGAGCAGUACAAGCAUCGAUCAGCUGUUUGCACCUGUAAAAGGGAAUGGGACCUAAAAAGCGUCUCAUUACAGCAGCUGCCGCCGCCGCCGCUGGCGCCACAAACACAGAGCGUCAACAACGCUCAUCAAGCAACACAGUCGCGACAGCGAAAAAGCGUCCUACACCGGGUAAAGCACACAGUUCGCCGGUAGCGCGCAAACCAAGCGCCGUUAACAGCAACCAAACAACUGUGAAGCGUACUACGCCGGGUCGAACGCCGUCACCAGCGAAGAAACAGCAAACAGUGGUCAGUAAAGAGCACGAGAAAGAUAAAGAAGUAGAGAAAGAUAAAAACGUAGAGAAAACAGUAGAAAAAACGGAAGUGAAGAGUAAAGUGUCCGCAAUUCUUGAAACGAAUCCGGGCGAAGUUGUUAAAAAUGUUGAGAACGCUGAAGAUGUAGUGGAAAAUUUAGCAAAAGAUCAAUUGAAAACUAAACACGAACAAACUGAAGAUUCAGCCAGAAGUUCUGUGCACACAGUAAAGUCUACGAAGCGUACGCCCUCGCGUGAGAAUGUGAAAAAAUCUAACACUUCCGAGACGAGAGACAAGUCUUCCUACACUGUUAAUAAAAAGGUGGAUUCGGAGAAGCAAAAGGCGGAUUCGGAACCACCAAGCACAUCUUCCACUUCCGGCAAUAGCAACAAAAGCAAAGCGGAGGAUCGUAAAGAUGGGAAGAAUAAAGCAAUAAGUAAAAUGCUCAAGAGUCUCGAUAUACAAAUUAGCGGUUUCGAUAAUAUACUGCCAACCGAGGAACGCAUACAAGAUACGCUAAAGUCCUCUAUAUCAGAGAAUGUGAAGACGAAGUCACGUGCAGCUGCGGUUAAAGUGAUAGCGAGCUUAAAUCCGCCGAAAUCGAAUAUAGCGCGUAUUAAAGCCCGACAAGAGGAAGAUAGAAGAGAGAAAACUAAAGAAAAGGAGAAGGAAAAGGAAAAAGACAAAGGCAAAGAGAAAGAUAAAGAUAAAUGUAAAGAAAGGUUAAAAGACAAAGAUAAAGAGAGAGAAAAGGAGAAAGUGGAAGAAAAAGAUUUAAAGUGCAAAGAGACAGGCAAAGAACUUGAAGACGCACAACUUCAAAAAGAAACCUCAAAUAUAAACACAGAAGAGAUUCCGGUCACACAUGAAGACACUCAAAAUGCUAAUAAGCAUACGUUAGCGCCUGUUAAAGAAGACACUGCUAAGCAUAACGAAUCUCAAGCGUCUCCCAUUGAAACUGAAAAAAAUCCUGCGGCCAAAAUGGCAUCGAAAAAGAAAGUAACCGCUAAGCGUACCAACAAGAGCGAUGCGAAUCAAAAAAACAAAAAAGCGCCUUCUCAAAAACCACACGAUGAUGCGUCUAUAGCACAAAAACAAAGUAGCAAUCCCAUAAAUGAUGAUUUAGUUGGGACACCGUUGAAGAAGCGGCUUCUUAAAGCCAAGCCAGUCAAAAAAUCCACUGAGGAGACCAAGGCGGACAACGUCGCAACCAAUAUGCCAACUGAAGAGAAAUCAAGCAGCCAAGCUUGUACGACUGUAGAACCACCUGAUCCACCGGAUAAGGAUAAGGAGAAAGAUAAGGCUGAAAAAACGCCUAAAAAGACGCCAUCACCGAAGAAAGUGAAGCCAAAUCCAAAGAAUUCAGACAAGUGCAAUAUACAGGAACCUGAGAAGACAGCUGAUGAACCUUUAGAGCUAAUAGAAAAAGAAGAAACAUUAAGAAUAGUAUUAGAUGCUAAUACAGAAGUAGUGCAAAUGGAUUUAGAAGAAAUGCCGGUUUGUGCAAGCGCUCCCAAAGAAGUGGAGCACAAGAAAGAGGAACUAGAUUUUAAUCAGCAUAAAAUAGAAGUUGAAAAUGAGAAGCAACAGCCACUGAAACAGGAAGAAAUCACUGAAAAAGCAUCGAGCUCCGCCCCAAGCUCACCGCAUAUUGGAAAGAAGCAAAUGUCAAGUAUUAAACAAAGAUUACAAAGCAAAUACAAAGUGCCGCCGGUGAAGUCGAGCCCAACAGCCAAGAUGGUGGGUAAGAAAUCUAAAUUUGCGCAAAAGUUGUCAGUUGACAAAUCAAACAGUUCUGCUGCCAAAAAUGACAUAUACGACUUUCGAUCGGGCUCUGAAGAGGAGGACAAUUUUAAAAUGGUUCUGCCUACAUUGAAGAACCUGCGCGAAUUCGAUGAAGAACAUAAAACCGAACCCUCAAAAGAAGCGCUCAAGACGAAACAAAUGUCAUUAGAGGUCGAAGAGAAGGAAAUGAAGGUGGAGGAGUCUCAUGACAAAGAGGAACAAUUGACAGAACCAGUACAAGAAGAGAUUCAAAAGUCAACAGCAAACUCCGAAACUGAAGAAAAGCCAAAGGAGGAAGCUGAAGAGAAUACGCCUGAACCGACAGAGAAAACUGAAGAUUCUACAGCAGUAGCUCAGACUACAUCUAAAACAAAGAAAGUAGUCAAAUCAAAGGUGACAAAGAAAGUCUACAAGAAGAAACCAUUAAUAACAAAGAAAGUUAUUAAAACAGUUAAGGGAAAAAUGUUACAAGCGACAGAAAAAUCGAAAGCGAAAAGCAGUAAGGUACCGAAAGAUUCCUCAACGGCAACUAGUGACUCAGAAGAUGAAAAGAAGCUAAUCGAUUUUGGUCCUAAACGACAUCGCAUGGCUUCACUGAAUGCAUUGGCCAAGGUGCAGUGUCUUUAUGAGAACGAGUCACGAACGGCGUAUGAGUUAGGUCUAUCGAAAGCAACGCAACUACCACCCAAGAUCCGUACUGUGGAUGGAAGUGAAGAUGAGAAGGACAAAGAUAAAGAGAAGGAAAAAGAAAAAGAGAAAGAUAAAGAAAAAGACACCGACGAAAAGGUGAAAUCAAAAAAGGAUAAAAAGAACGAAGAAAUUACCAAGACCGACGAGCCGCCGAAAGCAGAAUCUGAAGAUGAACCACCAGAGGUGGAGACAAAACGAGAACUGCGUCAUGUACCGGGCGGUCGUGGGCUUGGUAAGCAUUGGGAAUUUGAGGAGAGUGGUGAUAGUGAAGAUGAGGAGAUAGACAAAAUGAAAUUGAAGCGCAAGAAAUUACAGAAAAAGUUGGCGAACAAGAAAGAAAAGGAAGCAGAGAAAUUGAGAGAAAAAGAAAGAAAGGAGGAAGAGGCCUCGGGUAGCAAGCUUUCAAAAGCUAAAGAAGACAAAGAAAAGGAGAUCCCUAAGGAAAAGGAUACUAUCAGGGUAAAGCGCAAGUACACGAAAAUUAAGAAGCCUUUGAAGAAGAUAGUAAAAUUGAAGACCGAUAGUUCCGAUGCUGGCGAAAACACAGAGGUAACCGAUAAUGAAGAGAAAACACAAGAUAAGGAGAAGUCAAAGGUACAAAAGGCGAAACUUGAGGCACGAAAACCGCCAAAGAAGCGCAAGCGCAUGCUACGUGAAGAGUUAAUCGGUGAUUACAAGGGUAUUUUGGCGCGCAAACGUAUGGCAAGCUUGAAUGCCAGUGCCAUAGUUGCGGCCACUUACGAGGUGGAACGUCAUCUUGAUAAGAAUCUCGCCUACGGCAGCUACGAUAGUACUGAUGGUGAGGAGAAAACUUCUACACCAGCUAAAAAGUCCAAGGAUGUUGUAAAAGAGUCCAAGAAAACCUCCACAGCCACAGUGACAUCCGAUGAGACUUUGAACACAAAAGAUAAUGGCGAAGUCACUGCCAAUACCCCUGCUACAGCCAACAGCUCGAACGCGUCCACGGCAAGUGGCACUGCCAGAGAGUCAAGGCCGUUGAAUUUGAAUGAAGAGAGCAAUGACUCAAAAUAUUCAAAAGAAACCAAAGAGACAAAUACAGAUACAACUACCACAGCCGGUUUUCGCGAUUCGGGCAGCACAAAGGACGCCAAAGACUCCAGUCGACCGACUUCAUCCAGUGUGGUUAUCGUACAGGACACUGAUGUAACUAUUACCGGCGUCUAUGUGAACUCUACAACGGGUUCAAGUCAGGAGGCGUACUGUAAAAUGCAAUAUCGUGUGCAAUCGAGUGUUACCGAGGAGCGCGUGUUGCGCCCCAGUUCAGUAGAUCCACCAAAAUCCUACACGCCAUUGAGUGCGCUCUCUAGUAUGCUACCGCCAGGUGCGUCAACAGGUGGCGCAAUGAGUGAUGCUCAAGUAUCACCACCACCGCCACCACCACCCACUGCGGUCGGCACCACUUUACCUGAAGCACUCAGCGCUGCCGGCAUGUAUCACGCCAGUGAUUUGGGCAUACACACCGAACAUGGCGCACCUGAACAUGGGCCACCACCGCCCUCAUAUGCCGCCGCCGCCGCUGCUGCAGCUGCAGCCUAUCAUGCACAUCAUAUGUCACCAGCUGCGGCCGCCGCCGCUGCCGCCGGCAUGCAUGUACAUCAUCAGCAUCAAUAUGCGCACCCACAUGCGCACCAAUAUCCACAAGUAGGAGGCGAACAUGGCAUGCAUGCGGGACCACCACCCACUACAGGUGGACCACCACCACAUCACUAUCAACCACCGCCACCCUCACAUUACGGACCACCGCCGCCACCAGCGCCCGCAGCCAGCGUGAUCGGUCCGGUGCGUUGUGAUGUGGUAUCGCCACCACCAACUUAUCGUUCGAGCAUCUAUGCACCCCCAACCGGACCGCCGCAUCAGCAGUCAGCGCCUAGUGGCCUACUGCCACCGCCACAUUCCACGCUCUCCAUGACAGCAGGUAGCGGUGCGAGCGCUUUCUGUGCGCCAAACAUACAUCAUCAACAAGCACCGCAUCAGCAUCAACAUCAACAGCAGCAACAACAAACAGCGGGACCGCAACAGGAUGCAAGUGGCUAUUACCAACCUGCCGGUCCAUUGAUCUCACCACACGUUCUACCAACUGUAUCCGCUGCACCACCGCCGCCUCCUAAUGUGCCACUUUUGCCGACAGGUGCUACCCCUGCUUCCGUUUCCUCUAUCAAGAAAUCACAACAGAUACCCGCGCCGCUUAGCUCUGAUCCGGAGCUUGUUGCCGGCCAACAGCCACCACCACCAUCGGCUACAGGCGCAGAUAGCGCAGACAGUGAUGUGCUUAUUACCGGUGGCGAUUUGACACCAUUCCGUUAUCCGCCGGUCGCACAUAGCGGCGCGCCCACCACACAGCACCAGCAGGUGCAGCAGCAACAGCAGCAACAGCAGCAACAUCAACAACAGCUACAUCAACAAGCUGCCGCCGCUGCUGCCGCAGCUGCUGCUGCUGCGGCCGCCGCCGCUCAUCAGAGCUCACCAUAUCCACGUUCGAUGCAUGCGCAGAUGCACUAUUCCACUGCGUAUCCGGCCAACUAUUGUACACCAUAUCCGGUGGAAGCGGUGUGCUACUCACCGCCCGCCUAUCAACCCUACUUUUCGACCAAAGUCUACCAGAGCGCAGGCCCGCCACCACCUUCUACAUACCGACGCUAUCCAUACUAUCAGCCGGGUCAUCCGCCACCGCCAGCCGAACUAUACGAACAGGGACCACCACCACCGCCACCGUCAGCGGUUAGUGGUGCCGCACCCGCAAGUGGACCGCCACCACCAACGUCCAUUCAGGGACCACCACCAACAGCACCGCCCCCCGGAACGCAACUUGUGCCGGCUGGUCCGGCAGCACACGCACAACAUCUCGAACACUAUCCAGGUCCGCCGGGCUAUUAUACCGGCUAUAGUCCGGGCGGUGGCGCUGCAGGGCAGUGUUAUACGCGGAGCAUACAGGGACCGUAUAUGGAAUAUCCACCACAGUGUCCGUGUCCAAUGCAACAAUCGUGUCCAAAAAACGUCCAUACUGGGCCUCAUAUUGGUAGCAACAACGGCAGCAACAGCAACAGCAGCAGCAGCUGCAGCACGAACAACAACAGCAACAACAAUUGCUCAACGAUGAAUCAUUUGAGCAACAACAACAGCAAUACUCUGUUGAAUGGCAGCAACAGCAGCAGGGAAAUCACCAACAACAGCAGCAGCAACAGCAACAACAGUUCGAAUAUAACGAACCACAGCCAGAACAACAGGAGCAGCAGCAACAACAGCAGCUCGAACAACAACAAUUCAUUGACUACCAGUAGAGGCCCAGUUAAAAAAUCCAUGACGACGACCACAUUGACAACAACUGCAACACACGCCAGCGCUCCUGUAACAGCAACAGCGAUGGCUUUAGCGUCAGCCACACCAACCGAAAUAGACGAUCUGUUACUUUUCGGUAAGCAACAUACGCAACAGCAUUUGCAGCUGUUGCAAGCAGUUAAGUCCGAGCUGAAAUUAGAAGAAUCGGACAACAAAAGCCAGUACGAGGAGAGCGUAGUACAGCCACCGACGCCGCCUGAGAGCUAUACAACCAACGAUGAAAAACUAUUAGACACACUAACCGAACACGAGUUGUCAUCGGCGUCUCUGCCGGCGACACUUGAAGAGGCUAAUGCAAAGCUUCACUUACGCAGCAAUCAAAGUGACAACAAAAUGACAGUGCCAGUGGAUAGUAGACAGCAGGCAGCUCCUCAACAUAUGGGUAAUAGCUGUAACAAUGCGCCGUCAGUACUUGAAGCCUACGAUUUGACGUCAGUAACGGAGACACCGCCACCUCCACCUUCCACGCCAACCUCAACGGCAACAACCAACUGCAGCAGCACCACCAACGCCACCACAACCACCACCACCACCAAUUGUGCCGCCUUGCCGCUCUUGGGGCGCAAAGCGCGCAUUGGCAAGACAAUGGCGCGUGAGAUGGUCUACGCAGGCGCCGCCGCUGCUGUAAAUGUGACAGCGCAGGCGCAUACGACUCCCAUGAUACACGUGCGCACGUUGCCGCAGCAACCGCAUGCAAUUGCGCAACCGCAACAGCAACUGCAACAACCACCAACGCAGGCGCAGCCGCAGCAACAAACGCAAACACAAUUUUUGACACACCAGCCGGAGCAGCUGUUGACUGCUAUCACACCAAGUCCUUCACCACAAGUGCCAGCGACAUUAAGCGAUGCCUUUCCAGCCGCGGAGUCUGGGCAGCCACCUUUUAUAUUGAAGACCGAAAUAAAGGCGGAAAAGAUUAAGCUGGAAGACGAUGAACCGCUGUUAAAUGCUGUCUUGCAAAUGCAACAACAACAGGAGUCGAACCACAACCAAGACAAAGACAAUGAGAAGGUGGAAUUGAAGCUCAUCAAGGCUGAGCCGGUGACAUUAACUUGUGAAGAGGUGUCGGCCGCAAUGUCUGAUGUUAUGGACACGCCAUCAUUGAAACAGUUAGGUCGCAUGCGUCUUUUACCCAGUUGGCAGCAGCCGCCAAUAAUUGACAUUGACCUCUCCACAACCUCAGAUGAUGAUGUGCUCGAUCUGUGCCACAGUCCAGCAACCUCUACAUCGGGCAGUUGCCAAAAGUCACGCCUUAAGAUACUUAACCUACCCAAAGCACAACUGCAGUCUAAGAAAUCUUCACCCAACGGUUACAAAAGCCUCAUUAAACAAGCCGAGCCACGAACAUAUUUAUGCCUGAGCGGCCGAAAACUAGAUAAGCGUGGUCGUUACAGUAAACUGCAGUUACGACAAACCAGAGUAGGUGGCGUUAACGGCACAAUACGUCGGCGUCAGCUGGUGCUGACCGAUAAGCAAAAAAAGCAACUGAAGUUGUGCAAGAAGAAAUUGCAAGCGCAGGAACGACGCCGACAGGAGGCAAUAGAAAAGCGGCGCGCCGCAGCCAAACAGGAACGCUUGCAGCGGCGAAAACUGCAAAAGCAGUCAAACGCACUCAGCGCGAUAAAACAAGAAGAUAUAGAGCCAUGCGUUGAUGAGAUCGUCGAUUUGGUUGAAGAACCCGAGCAGACGGAAAGCGAAUUCAGUGAAACCACGCAAACAGAUGUGCCAACAAUGCGCAUGUUGCUGACCGAGAGCAGCAGUAAUAGCAACAGCAGCAGCAGCCUGAAUACGCUAAAAAUGACGCCGAAACCUUCACCGAAGCGCGGCAAAACAGCGCGUAAGACAUGCAUACCGCUGCAUUUGAUCGAAACCAUCGACUCUGUAGCGCGUGGGUACUUCUCCGAACCCGAAACGUCGCGUUGCAGUGGCACGCUUAAUCAAUACACUAACUGCGAUGCCUCGGACGUUACCGAACAGCCUUUGGAUAAAGCAGCAACGGAACGUAAGCAAAAGAAAGACAAAAAGGCGAGCGCGGAGAAGCGCUCCAAGUCGGAGACGAAGAAACCUAUUAAAACCACAAUAGAACCAGCAGUGCACACAACUGAGCCUGUUGAUACUAUUGAUGUCAGCUAUCCACUUAUGUCGGCGACGGCGCGUUCCGCACAAACUACCUCAAUAACCGAAACUGCGUUGGAUGCGUGCAGUGCAGAGUCGUCCAACACAGCCUUGGAUUUGACACAGGACACAGAAGAGGCAACAGGAACGUCUCUGGAAGAGUUGCUCAGCAGCAAAAGCAGCACAAAUAAAGCGAAGAGCAGCAAGUCGAAGCGCACGCCGGCCAAACGAAAAACCGCAAAAGCAAAGAAAUCGAAAAAACCAAAAUCAAAUAAGAAGAAACUUAGGCAACAAGACUGGGACUAUAAGACAAAUGCUUUGGAAAUAUGCGAGGAGGCUCCGUUGCCGAUCACCGAACAACUUGCAUUGGAGACUAAUAACAACAUAUAUGAUAAAUGCAACGCGGAAAGCGCUGCAGUGGAGCAGGUCGCAGAUAGACAAACACAAAUGGUAGCCGAAGCAGAACUGGAUGAGACGCCGGCGCUACAAGAAUCCAUGCAAGAACCACAGCAGCAUGCGCAGUCACCCGAUAAACAUUCCAAUGCACAAGUGUUCCUGCCGCCCGUGCCGCCAAUGCCGCGCAUUGUUUGCCAGCCUCACCAUGGUACUAAGCGCACGCGUUCACGUUCGAAAUUCGGCAGCCGCAAGCGACAGAAGGUGAAACAUUCCACAGUCUCCUUCGAAUUGGACGUUCGCCUGCCGCCAGCAACGCGUGGCGAUGUUGCGCCAAAGUGGAAUAACGGCUGGACAUGGGAGGGUGAGCCGUUCCAGGGCGCAGUAUUUUUAAAUAGCGACGAUCCGCUAGUCAUACGCACUUGCUAUCCCGCCAUGCGUCACUCGGAGGGUGACAUAAUACGCACACGUGACUGUGUGCUGCUCAAAGCGAAUGAGGACAAUGAUCUGCCAUAUGUGGCAAAGGUGGCGCAUAUCUGGGAGAAUCCCGAAGAUGGUGAAAUGAUGAUGUCUCUGCUGUGGUACUACCGUCCGGAACAUACCGAGCAGGGUCGUCAACCGAACGAUAGUCCCGAUGAGGUGUACGCGUCCAGACAUCGCGAUCACAACUCAGUUGCCUGCAUUGAAGAUAAGUGCUAUGUGCUCACAUUCAGCGAAUAUUGUAGAUACCGCCGUCGUCUACGAGCUGCUGAGGAGGACAUCGAAGAGGAGGUCUCCAUUGUGCCGAAGCGCUCCACUUGUUAUAGCAUACGCACCGUGCCUGAGAAUACCAAUCCCGAAUUGGUUAUGUUCUGUCGGCGCGCGUAUGAGUUUCGCACAAGGCGACUGCUGAAGAUGCCCAACAAACAGGAUUACAUUGUGGUGAACGGUUAAGGAGACCCGGCCAAAAAUAAUUGGAUAAAAUGUGCGUUUUGAAAGUAGCAAAUACUGGUAGUAGCAGCGCCGACGCCUCUACGCAUUGAUAAGGUGGUACUUUUGUUGUUGUUGUUAUAAAAAACAAAAACAACAACACUUGGUGUUGAAUUGUGUGUAGUUUUAGAACAAAAUUUGACAAAUCACUCCCAUAUAGGGUGCUGCUACAAGCGCGUCAUUGCUGUUAUGCUGUUCAAAUUAGUUAAUGAAAAGUCAUUAGUAGGGCCUUUAACGGUACAUUUUUUGUUUGCAUUAUUUAUUUUUAAGUGGAAUAUUUAUUCUAAGUGACUUAUUUUACGAUUUUCCUACAGUUCGCUUAUUCUUCGAUAUAUGUAUAAUGUGUGAGCUUAACUUGCGGCUUUUUUGCCAAUGUAUGUAUUUCCAUUUAUUAGCGUUUAUCAGUCGCCUAUUACGUAGACACGAAAGUUUAUAUAUUUCAAGUAUUUAUAGUGUUUGAUAUGUAUGCAUAAUUUAUAUAAUAUUUUCACGUAUUGCUGGUUAUGCUUACCACAAACGCGACGCGUGUUUUUCAAUUCAAUUUUUAAAACAAACUAUUGUAAGCGCAUAUGUAUUGCAAAAACAAAAACAAAUACUACUAAGUGUAUGGUUUUAGCUGCGUUGUGGAAAUUUAACCAAAAAGAAGUAUUUAGAUCCCAUAUAGGGUACCAUAUAUGUAUGUACAGUAUGGCAGCGCCAGCAAAAGUCCGCAAAAUUAAGCAACUACAUAGAUAAACUACUGUUAUAACAAAUAACGAAACAAGGGACCAGUCGGACUACUACAACAAAGAAAAUCUAAAAAUUUUGUGCGCAAAACUAGGGGUAAAGAAAUAAUAGUCAGUUUAAGUUUAAGCAGUAAUCUAGUUCUAAAGUAUUUGGUAAAACAGAAAAAACCGUCAAUAAUCAACUUGCAGACCAAAAUCAUAUAUAAUUUUGUUAAACUAAAUGAUUGCAAAAUUGUUUUUUUUUUCAAACAAAAAUUUUUUUUUACAAACUUUUCUUUUUUUUAUUAUUUUUCUUAAAAUAUUUGCAAUUCUUGUUUUUUUCAAAUUUAUUUCACAACGAAUAUUUAAAAAAAAUUUCGAAAGUUUUUUUUUUUCAAAGAAGUAUUUUUGAAAAUUAUUUCUUAAACGGAAAAACCCAAUAAUCAACUUGCAGACGAAAAUCUUGUAUACUUUGUUUAUGAAGUAAUUUCAAAAUUUUUUUCCAAAAAAAAAUAUUUUUCAUAAAAUAUUUGCAAUUCUUGUUUUUUUUCAAAUUUAUUUUAAAACGAAUAUUAAAAAAAAAUUGGGAAAUUUUCCGAUUUGCAGAUUUGUAUGUAAAAUUAAUUUUUUUAUUUUUCAAAAAAGUACAGUUGAACUUCCAUAACUCUAACUGCUCUAACUCGAAGUUCGUCAUAAUUCGAACUAUUAAAUUGGCAAUAGGAGUCAAAAUUCGUACAAAUUACCUUCUGUAACUCAGAAGUCUCUCUAACUCGAAUUUUUUUGUAGAUUAUGGUGAUUCGAGUUAGAGAAGUUCCACUGUAUUUUCUGAAGUAUUUCGUGGACCGUAAAAAUUAAUAAUUGUAAAUGAAAAUCAUGGAUAUUUUUUUUUACAAAAUAGUUGCGAUAUUAUUUUUUUCCUUAAUUUAUUUUUCCAGAUUAACAGAAUUUUAUCAAAAUUUUGAUUUUUUAAAUUCAUUUUGCAACAAUAAUUAAAUCUCAAAAAAAACUUGAUUGUUUUACGUAAAUAUUUAAAAAAAAUCUAUAUGUAAAUAUUAAUUUAAUUUCUAAAAUUUUUGAAAUUUUUUCCUCUUGAAAGAUAAUUAUUUUGUAUACACAGAUAUGUAUGCAAUUUUUAUUUUUUUAUUUGCUUAAUCUCCGAAUCAUCAUAUUUUUUCUUUCAUUUUUACUUUUUUUUUUAAUAUGAAUUUCUGUAAAUUUUUGUAAUUUUCGGUAACUUUAUUAUUGUUUUCAGUUUUUUUUAUUUUAAUUAUUUUUUCGGUUUUUUAUUUAUUUUUUUCAGUUUUUUUUAUUUUUAGUUAUUUAUUUUUUAAUUUUUUAUUAUUUUUUCAUUUUUUAUUUUUUUUUCAUUUAUGUCGUUUUUUUCAUUUUUGUCUUUAUGUUUUUUGUAUUGUUUUUUUUCUUUUUUUUGAUUUAUGAUUUUUUCUUUUCUCUCAUUUUUAUUAUUAAUAUUUUUUCUUUUGUCUUUUUUUUGUUUAUUUUUGUCUUUCUUGAAAUGAAUACAAAUUCUUUCAAAAUUUUUUUUAUUUAUUUUGAGCAAUUUUGACCAAUGUUUGCAAACAAUAAAUUUGAGAAUCAAAAUUUUAAAAUGACAUACAGUUAAAGACAAAAUGAAACUUAACUGGAGAAAGAAAUUGAAGAAAAUCUGUAGUGAAAAUAAACUAAAAAACAGUAGAUAAGCACAAAGUAUAACAGUAGACAAGAAGAAAACAAAUUCAAUAAGAAAAAAUUCAAAAACAUAUUUUUACAACAAUAUUUGAUGAUAGUGAAGCAACAGUGUGAGAGACCAACAAGCAAGUCUAAAAUUUUGUGCAAAACCAUAAAUUAUGAAAAGUAAAAAAAGAAAAAAAAUAAUUUUUGUAUGUAAUUUAACAUGUUGACAAUUUUUUUCCAUACAAUUUAUUAUUAUUUUUAUUUUUUUUUUACAAUAUAAACAAUAUUAUAGCUUAAGCAGAAAACAAACACAUAAGAAAUGUCAUAUUAUUUCCCUGCACCUAUUUGUAAUUAUGAAUAAUUAUUAUUAUUAUUAAUUAAAUUAAGCUUAGUUUAACGAAUACAUACAUACAAAACAAAAACAAAAACAAAAAAAUACAUUUGUAUGCAUUAAACGCGGCUGUUCAUAUGUAUUAUCUAUAAGUAUGAA